CUCAAACUGCAAUUCUCCUGAUCUCCGCCUCCCGAGUAGCUGGGAUUACCUGUGUGAGCCACUGCACCCAGCCUCCAGGUCUCCAUACAUUUAAAGUGAAGCCAGGAACUCAAAUCUUUAGUGUAUGGAAGAGGAGUCAGUGUCCGAUCUUGCAGCUCGGGGAUGACCUUGGACGGGCUCAAUCGAGCCAUUGUGGAUCGGAUAAUCCGGGUGGACCAUGCAGGUGAAUACGGAGCUAACCGCAUCUACGCAGGGCAGAUGGCUGUGCUGGGCCGGAGCAGCGUCGGGCCCAUCAUUCAGAAAAUGUGGGAUCAAGAAAAGGAGCACUUGAAAAAGUUCAAUGAGUUGAUGGUCGCCUUCCGGGCUCGGCCCACGGUUCUGAUGCCCCUUUGGAACGUGGUGGGCUUCGCAUUGGGGGCAGGAACCGCGCUGUUAGGGAAGGAGGGUGCCAUGGCCUGCACCGUGGCGGUGGAAGAGUCCAUAGCAAAUCACUAUAACAACCAGAUCAGGACGCUGAUGGAGGAGGAGCCCGGGAAGUACAAGGAGCUGCUGCAGGUGAUAAAGAAGUUUCGAGAUGAAGAGCUCGAGCACCAUGACAUAGGCCUUGACCAUGAUGCGGAGCUGGCCCCAGCCUACACCGUGUUGAAGAAUAUCAUCCAGGCUGGAUGCAGUGCGGCCAUCUACCUGUCAGAGCGAUUCUAGUUUGUCCACGCUUAACAGGUGACAUCUACAGAGGAGCUGUACAAUUAUCAUUUAUGUGAAUUUUGUUAAUAAACUUAUAAGGGUCGGUUUUUUUCAUUACUAAAACUCUGCAGCGUUCAUU